UUUAAAGUUGGAGCUGCAACAUUAUCGCUGCGUUUGGAAUUUAAAGUUGGAGCUGAAACAUUAUCGCUGCGUUUGGAAUUUGUGGAAAGGAAAGAGAAGACUAUACAAUUAAGAGAAAAAACCAGAGAGAAAGUUCAACAUGUCUUCAACAUAUGUUACACCUUUUUCCUCUCUUUCUUUUGAUCCCAAACAAGGGGAAGGGAGAAAAUAACUUAUUUUCCCUUCAUUUCCAUUUCGUUCCACAUAUUUCGAACAUAGCGUAAACCUUCUCCAAUCGAAGCCUAAAUUUCGAUACUUGAAAGAUCGAUCAUGUAAAAGUGUGAUCAUGUAAAAGUGUGAUCAUGUUUUUCUCCCUGAUUUGGGGAGAAGAUGAUGAUGAUUCAUGAGGAGGGGCCUUGUGAUGACUUGAGAGCUUUGGUUUCAUGCUCCAAAGCUCUGGCACUUUCGGCUGCGAAAAUUGUUUGACAUCAAAACCUUUGAUGAAUGAGGAGAAGGCUUCCGAAGAAUGGGAAUCUUUGGUGGCGGUUCACGGUAAGGGUGAAGGAGGAGGCGGCAGCAGCAGCAGCAUUGCAGAGCGAAGGGCUAAAACGCGCAGAUUCAAAGGCUCCGGAACAAUCAACACGUCUAGAAGUAAUCCUGCUCCUCCUCCUCUGUCUUCUCCGGCUGCUAUUCGUUCACCAUACCGAAUCACUACACCAUCCGGGAUUAGUCCUACUACAUUGCUUGACUCUCCCAUCAUGCCCCCAACCGUCUCACAGACACCAAUAACGUCUGAAAUUCCGAUAGAUUCUCCAAAAGCAGGCGCAAGCAGUUGCGCUACAAAAGCAUCGGCUAAUACAAGAGUCAACAAAAGCAUGACAUAUCCAUCCAGGGGAGUUGCAAGGACUUGUGAAGAUGGAUACAAUUGGAGAAAGUAUGGGCAGAAGAAUGUUAAAACCAGCCAGUACCCAAGGAGCUACUACAAAUGCACUCAUCCAAAUUGCAAGGUGAAAAGAAAGUUACAAUGUUCUCCUGAUGGUCAGAUAACCGAAAUAAUGUAUGACGGCAUCCAUUGUCACCCAAGGCAGCAGCGUAGCGGACAAGAAAUUCUCAGAACUUCAUUCUUGCACAACCAGAUGUCAGAAGCCUCAGAUGGAUCCGGUGCGGAAGGUGGGGCAGGUUCGGACUGGGAGGUUGGUGGUUUAGAGACUUCAACAUCUGUCCUAACUGCAAAUUCUGAUCCUUGGUCAAACUCUGAAGCAAAAUUGAGCUGUGCCAUAUUUGAAUCAAAUGGGACUCCGGAGCUUUCCCUUGGAGAUGCUGCUGCUGCUGCUGAUGAUGAACCUGAGUCAAAAAGAAGGAAGACAGAAAUCCCUGCUCACAAACCAAGAGUGGUUUUCUUGAUAGACAGUGGAUUGGAUGCACUUGAUGAUGGGUACUGUUGGCGGAAGUAUGGUAAAAAAUUUGUCAAAGGAAAUGUUAACCCCAGGAGCUACUACAGAUGCACCAGUACCGGAUGCCCCGUGAGGAAGCAAGUGGAAAGAGCGAGUCACAACUGGAAAUCCAUCAGUAUAACGUACGAUGGAAAACACACCCAUGAAGUUCCUGCUGCCGGAAAUUUGAAUCUGGGUGGUGGUUGGACUAUAUCUCCAACUGCCUCCAGCACUCGACCAACCCUUGCUUUCGUCAGAAACGCAAAUGGCGCAAAGGCUGAAGCACAAUCUCAGGAUCAUUCGCCUUUUUUUCAAAGAACACAUCUCGACUUGGAAAAUGAAACCGUCCUGUCCGCUUUGCUCGGGGAUUCCAAAAGUGGCAAGAAAAUCGAAUCUCCUCCAUCGGCGUACCAAUUGAAGUUGAAAAAUUCCCUUCUGAGCGGCUCUUUUGUUCCAAAUUUCCCAAUGCCUUCUUCACCGUUGAGCGUCUCCACAUCCGGAAGUAUGGAACCAAGUUGCUCCAAUGGAAAUCUUGGUAGGGAAAACGGUUUCGCUCAUUAUUGCUUUGGACGGCAUGGGCGGCUUUGGGAGAACGAUACAAGGUCAAUCGAGCCUUACAAGCAAGAACAGAGAGAUGACAACCUUCGCGGUAUGCCGCUGCUGCCUAUGGUGAAUCAUACGAAUGCUUCGCAAACGUCGUCGUCGUCGUCAUCUUCUUCAUCAUGGUCAGUAUGAAGGGAAGUCUUCCAUCCUGACGCUUUUCUUUUUCUUUGAUCGUAUUACAGCGCUUGGAUGGUUGAAUCUCCAAGUCUCUCUCUCUCGAGUUACCGAAGGUUUCAUUUCCCAGCAUUUUUUGGCAGCCAAAUUUAUAUUGGAUAUGGUUUGUCUGCAGUCUAGGUUUGGACUGAGGUGCAGUCCAGGUGAUCGCAACCAUCGGUUAGCUUUUUUUCAAUGGUCCAAAUUUGUUUCGAUAUCUAUACCGGUAACAUUAUUUUUACUGGUAAAAGAUUCAACAGAUCUAAACCAUUAGUUGUCAAUAUGAACGGUCCAAAUGGACUGUACGCGCUUUUCUGCAGUCAACUGGAGAGAAGCCGGAUCCAUUUAUUUUCCAUGAUCUUUCAAAGCAUCAUAUGGAAUUCGUAUGUACAUUUGCGUAUUAUGUGCAAUCUAACCAUUCUCAAUUUUAUUUUGGGCUUAUUGGUUUGCCCACACUCCAUCUCUAAAGGAACU